AUGGCUGACGACGAAGCUUGGACAAGCGGCGAAUCUGAGCCAAAGGAAAAAGACCCUGACGAUGAAGAAACAUAUGGUAUUGAUUUAGAAGAUUUAGAAGAUGUGGAGUAUGUCGAAGAUCAAAUUUAUAAAGACUCGUGGUUUUUUCCAUCAAUAAAGGAUUGCAACGGUACCUCUGAAAUCAAUCAAAACAUCAAUGUAGCAGGAGCAGACACUGACUAUAGAAAGUUCGGAUUAGGUGUUACUGGAGAUAUUGUCGCCCAAUUCUUAGAACCGUACCAUCGUCAGGGUCGCGUUGUGUAUGUUGACAAUUGGUACACAUCUCCUGCCUUGGCAGAAUUUUUGCAUGACCGAGAUAGUGGUUUGUGUGGGACAGUAAAAGCAAAUAGAAAGGGAAUGCCGAAACUGGAAAACAAGUUAUCACGAGGACAAAUACAAGUUGCUCACACUGACGUCUGGAUGGCAAUAAAAUGUGAGGACAAAAGAAGUGUGCGUAUGUUGUCACCUGUGCACAAGGUUGAUUUUUGUCCAACUGGCAAGAAACGUCGUGGCACAGAUAAGGAUAUCAUGAAACCAACGUGUAUCCACGACUAUAACCAAAAUAUGGGAGUUGCAGACAAUGUAGACAGACAACUAUCCAUCACUGAAACUGUACGAAAAACAAUGAAAUGGUACCGCAAACUNUUUUUUCACCUAGUGGAUUUGUGCCUCUCAAACGCUCACGCCAUGUAUAAAAUGAGAAAUGCAGGACCUGCUCCAUUUCCAGAGUUUUGA